AUGCGAAAUUGUAAGCUUACAUCAAAUACCUUUUUUAGGAAUUCAUCUCAGAAAGUUGGUGAAGAUAAACAGACGCCAACCGUAGGUUGGUUGAUUCAUCCACUUCAUUCGAGCAUUACCACAGAAGAACAAAGAAAGGUUUUCUUCCCACCACCAUCGGGAGUCAGAAAAAUCAUAUUAUCUACGAAUAUUGCUGAAAGUUCUAUUACAGUACCCGAUAUUACAUACGUUAUCGAUUUUUGUUUAACUAAAACUAUGGUCUUGGAUCCCGAUACACAGUAUCAAAGUUUGCAACUGCAAUGGGCGUCACAUGUUAACUGUACUCAACGCGCUGGUAGAGUUGGACGAGUAAGCGAUGGUCGUGUCUACCGUUUUGUUCCGACACAAUUUUUUGAUUUGUAUCUUCCGAAAUCGGUAGAACCGGAAAUAUUGAGGGCGCCCUUGAAUCAUGUGGUUCUGGCAUCUAAGUUGUUGGAUAUAAAAGAACCACCUAAGGCUAUUUUAGCUCUUGCUAUGAAUCCACCUGCCUUAGAUAGUAUUGAUAGUACCGUCUUGUACUUAAAAGAGAUUGGUGCGUUGACUGUGUGUCAAGAUGGCAAAAAAGUGAUGAAUGAUGGCGAUCUAACUUUCAUGGGUGAAGUGAUAGCUAUGUUACCUUUAGAUGUCCAUUUAUCCAAAUUUAUAUUUCUUGGACAUAUUUUUAGCUGUCUCGAAGCUGCGAUUAUUAUGGCAACUGGAUGUUCUAUAAGCAUAUUUAAAACUCCAUUCAAAGAACGUCUUAAAGCAUACACAAAUCGUUUACAAUGGGCAGACGGCUCUGCGAGUGAUAUCGUCGCUUACCUGCAUCUGUAUAAUGUGUGGCAAAGAAGGAAGCGACUACAUCCCAAUCCAAAAGCAGAGAAAUUGUGGUGUGAAAAAAAUUUUGUAGCUCAAAGGGCUUUGAAUGAAUGGCACAUUCUUGUGAAAGAAAUACAAUCACGGUUAGCUAGAAUGAAUAUCCAGCCCGAAGAAGGACCUGGGAAUGUUGUCCAUUCUGAAACUGAAUUGCCAAUUUUAAUUAAGGUUGUAAUGUGCGGAGCUUUUUACCCAAAUUAUUUCAAACGAUCCGUGGAUGCUGGUCAAAUUGAUGAACGUGAAGCUGUCAAAACCAUAGGGGGGCGUGAUCCAUUCAAGACCAUCUACUUUACAGGUUUCGACCACAAGCAACCUGGUCCACUUUAUGCAAAUUCGAUUAAAGCUAUCCUAAAAGAUUGCGCUACUGACAUGCAUGUUAGCUUUGAUAACAGCAGUAAGGUGUAUGUGGAAUUUAUGACGCCCAAACAAUUUGAGACUGUUAUGAUUGAUGGCCAAAGGUUUGUAACGACAAUGCCAGGUAAGAUUCGAACCGAGGUAUAUCGUGCAGUACGGCAGAGACAGUUGCAGUUGACUCACAGAAUCGCUGUAAUGAGCAGUUCUGAUAAAGCCUGGGCUAUUGCAAAAUCUGUCGGGAUUCAACCACUUGGGUCGACUAGGCGAUCUUUACCUUCGUUGGAACGAGUAAGCAGCAUUUUAGAGGAUGAUUCCGUAGUACAAUUUUCUCCAAUUGUCCCAACAUUAGACAUGACUUUUUUAAUUCUAAGAAUAUCCCAUAGAGUUGAUGCUGGACAUUUUUGGGCUCAUUUGUGUAGCAACGGUUCAACGCUAAGCCCCUUAUUGCCGGCCAUUUACGAGGAACUUAAUAAAGAGACAGUCCAAUUGCAACCGCUGGGAAAGACAAUGCCUGUGAUAGACACGGUUUAUGCUGCAAAAUUUUCCGACGACGAUCAGUUUUAUCGUUGCAAAGUUAUCUCAUUAAAUUCCUUUGGUAAAAAGCAAGCAUCUCUAGCACAGGUUUUGUAUAUUGACUUUGGAAAUACUGAGUUUGUGGAUACAGCUAAUUUGUUUUACUUGCCCGACACACCGUUAAUGUCAUGUCCCGCUCAGGCUGUUGAAUGCCACUUAAGCGAAAUUCAACCGUCUAUGGUCUUGAAUCCGAGAGCUUUGUGGUCGGAGGAAGCAGUUAGGAAAUUUGACAUGCGUACUGCAGACAAAAUGUUAGCCGCCAAGAUUUAUUCUGUUGUUAAUGAAGUUGUACAUUUGGAGCUUUAUGCUACCAACGUUACGUCAAUGAGCGAUUUUACACGUUCAGAAAACUAUUGGCUCAUUAAUGAAGGGUACGCUGAACCUGCAGAAGAAAGCUUUCUAUCUAAAGAAAACCAUAAUAAAAGGUUACUUUGCGCGGAGCAUCCUGAACAUUUUGCUUCGUUGCCCGAAGAAGUAUGUCAGCCGCAAAACUCAGUAAACUACCAUUUACCAAGCAAUUCCUGCAGUAGUAGUUUGACUUUGAAAGGACCGUACAGUCCAUUGGAGAUGCAAAUCUUCAGUGUGACGGCUAGCGGCAUGAAUAAAACUAUAACGAUUGAAGGAAGUUCUGUUAAUGCUGUACUGUUAGACACAGAUCCACAAGACCCUCACGAAAGGUUGAUAGUUGCCGCCCAUAUUGGACAGAAUCCUUCCGGUACAAUGCUAAAUUUACGACAUACUACAGUAAUGCCAAACAUCCACGGAUUUCCUAUGUUAAUGAGUCUGUUGUUCUGCCCUUCAAUGGAACCGAAACCUACCGCGGAUGGAACUCAAAUUGGUGCAAUACUGUGUGGAGUGGGUGGUUAUGACAAUACGCAUCGAUCCAUGUUUCCUCCCCAUGAUAUUUGUUUAACUUUAGACACAGAAUUAACAGAGUCUGAUUUGAAUGAAAUUAACCAAUUGAGGCAGUGGAUGAAUCACGCCGUUAAGGUUAUGGAGUUUUGUUGUAGAGGAAUUCCAUCUUCUUCUUCAAUGGCUCUUUGUCAAAGAGAAAUUAAAGAGCAGCUGCUCAAAAUUUUGAAAAUGAAACGUAAAAAUAUUGAACGUGUGUAUGUAAGACAUUCAUCUGUAUGGGGACAAACUUUGUAUGAUUCGGCCAUCUUACGAGCAAAUACACAGAACAAUUCCUCGCAAAUUUGGCCACUACACUGGAGCGUUAAACUAAACCCAAAUAAGGAAGAAGCAGCCUUAGAUAAUAAUAUUAGGGAAAUGGAAGAAGUUGCAUUGGGAAUGAGAACAGUCAAUGAAAUGAAUUGUAUGAAAUGCAAUUUCUUUUGUACUUCAGUUGGAGAAAUGAGGAUUCACCUUUCGUCAUCAGCACACAAAGAUGCUGGGAUGAAAUAUGAACAACGGCCUCGCAUGUGAUUUUAUUUGUAUUCGUGUUUAUUGUUAAGAGUUACCUCUUUUUUUUAUCAUUUGAAUAUUUCUUAAUGUGCUUUUGUUACUUUUAUAGUAAUUAGUUAUGACAAAACAAUUUAGAUGGCAAUAAAUUUCUGUUUCGAUCGAAACUGGCAUAUAAAUGA